CCUCCCCAUUCAAACAGUUAGUGUAAUAGUCCAGAUGAACUGUGACCCGGAAGUUAUUGACAACAUUUCCACUCGCGUUCUUCGUUCUGAGCACAUCAUCGGCGAUCUUGAAAGUUUUACUGACGUUUAGCCCCACCUUAAGCAACAUGGAUCUCCCAAAGCCACCCGAAGAUCCUGAGUUGCGGAACAUUAUUGAUAAACUGGCCAACUUUGUGGCCAGAAACGGACCUGAAUUUGAGAAGAUGACCAAGCAGAAGCAGAAAGACAACCCCAAGUUUAAGUUCCUGUUUGGCGGGGAGUUCUACAACUACUAUCAAUACAAGGUCACAACAGAGCAGCAAAUCCUGAACCAACAGAAACAGAAGCUGGCCCAGCAGCAGGCCAUAAUCCAGGAGGCAGUGACCCAGCAAGCUAUCCAGUCUGCACCCUGGCAGUCUGCACCACAGCCUCAGCAGAUCCCGCCACAGGGACCUCCUCAGAUCCCUCCCCACGUACAGGAGCAGAUCAACCAGUCCAACUCUAACCUCAUGAAACAACACCAGGUCCUCAUGGCACAACAACAGGAACAAAUUGACACAGCCAUUCAGCAAGCUCGGGAAGUGUCGACCCAGAACCUGGCCAAACUGGCUGAGCUGGAUCUGUCCGAGUUUGACAAGGUUGUUCAGCCCAUCAUUGAACAGUGCACCAAGGAUGCCAUCUCAGCAGGUAAGGGUUGGAUCUUCAAUGCAUCCAAGUCAGCAGACCACUGCAAGUGCAUAUCCCAGUAUCUGUUGUGUCGCAUCCUGGGCAAAAGUUCUUCAUUUGAGCUGAAACUGCAUCUCAUCUACCUGAUCAAUGAUGUGUUACACCACUGUGUCAGGAAACAAGCAGAAGACCUCAAACAGAGCCUGCAGUCUGUAGUGGUUCCCAUUUUCAGUUCAGCACAGAUUGGUGCAGAAGAGGAAAAACAGCAGAAACUCACCAAGCUUCUUGCUCUUUGGGAGAAAAACAACUAUUUUGAAGCAUCCAUUAUUGAGCAACUAAAGAACCCAACAACAGCACUUGCCCAGUUUCAUACUAAUGAGAUGCAGCAUCACGCAGCUGUAGUGCAGCAGGUGCAGACCAUUAUCCAGCAGCAGUUCCAGCAGCUGCAGAACCAGCACGAGGAGUUUGUGCGCCACCUGACACAGCAGGCCACCAUGCCGCCACACGGACCCGGGCCCGCCCCAGGUACAACCACAGCAGGUGCGACAUCUGGAUUCCCCACGCCCCAUCAGGUGUCCCAGGUGCAGGUGUCAGCUCCCUACACUGAGACCAGCCAGGGACAGAUGCCACCGCACUCAGGAACUUUCCCCACAUCGGAGGGGCAGAUGAUGCCCAACCCACCCACGUACCAGAACGUACCACACAUGGGGCAGCCCUACCACCCUCCUCCACAGCAGUUUGACUAUCAACAUGGUCAGCAGUAUCCACCCAACUUCCCCCCUCCCCGCGCCCCACACAUACAGGACUACAACCAUGGACACCCCCUCCCACCCCCUCCAGACUUCAGUAAACCCCCUCCAGGCUUCCCCAACUUCCCACCCCCUAUCCCUCCCCCCGGGCCAGGGGGUCCUGGUGGCCCUGCUGCCCCCCCUAACAUCCCCCCUCCCAACCUCCCCGUGAUGAGGCCUGAUGACGCACACCUCAUGCCGUCUGUUCCUUACUAUGAACUUCCUGCCGGACUCAUGGCACCACUGGUCAAGUUGGAAGACACAGAAUACCGACCUCUGGACCCAGAACUUAUCCGUUUACCACCUCCCAUGCCACCAAGUGACCGACUACUGGCAGCAGUGGAGGCUUUCUAUAGUCCACCAUCACACGAUAGACCCCGCAACAGUGAGGGCUGGGAGCACAAUGGACUGUACGAGUUCUUCAAGGCCAAGAGAAGGUAUUCACAGAUGAAGAUGAAGGAAAAGAUGAGACCCAGGAGGUCGAGAUCCAGAUCUAGAGGAAGGAGGCACCGAUCCCGCUCCAGAUCCAGAGGAAGAUCCUACUCCAGGUCCCGCUCCAGAUCUCGCUCCAGGUCCAGGGAGAGAUCCUACUCCAGAUCCAGAUCUAGAAGCUACUCAAGGUCAAGGUCACGUUCAAGAUCACCAAGUCCACGCAGAAAGAGGGCGGGGUCCCACUCCCCACUCCCUUACCAACGUACCUCCCGCUCAAGAUCAAGGUCACAUUCACGGAGUCCUUCUCCAGCCAGCUUCUCCAUGCCAUUCUAUGAAUCAGCUACCAUGGACACCAAGAUUAGUUCUGCCAACAAAGGUCACCAGCUGCUCACCAAAAUGGGUUGGUCAGGAGCUGGCCUUGGUGCUACAGAGCAGGGGAUUCAGGAGCCCAUCCGAGGUGGAGAUGUCCGGGACAGGACAGACAUGUUCAAGGGGGUGGGGGUCACGGUCAACGAUCCCUUCGAGAACUUCCGCAAGAGCAAGAGCCAGUCAUUUGUGGAGAGAAUGAAGGCCAGAGGGGAAGGAGGGGGGACCUGACCUCAUUCCAGGAUACUUUGUUACUCUGCUGAUGCUAUGAUAUAAUACAGCUUUCAUUAUUGGAUACUUUGACUUGUCUAUUUCUCUGUAGCGACCUGCCAUGGUGAAACAUUCUGGGAGUAUAAGCUCACUUAUCUAUUGGAAAGCAUUUCAGACCAGCCACAUACUGAAAUGUAGUUUUUCACCAUUGAUAUAAAUACUUAUCAUAUCCAUCAAACUUUGUUAAGCUAUGUACUACAAGUCAAAAUGUGUAGUGAACCUUCACAAGUCAUGUAGAGCUUUGUCUUGUGUAGCCACAUACAUGAACAUUCAGCUUGCUGAACAAGUACUAGCACAGAAUAAACUACAUUUCAGCAUUAAUUUUGCUGUCA